CGAAUCAUCAAGAAAUACUAAAGGGAAGAUGCAAAGACCAGAUAUUGGCAGCAAAAAUCUAUUUGAAUCUAAUACCUGCUCAAUUUUAGUUUUAUAAUAACAUUAAUAUAUACCACACGGUUAUUCAAUGGCAAUGCUGAAGUAGAGACAUUUAAUUAUAGCUUUCUGUGAUAACUUUAACCUCUGCAAUUCUUGGCUAGAGACAGCGCAGAGUGGAUUAUUAUUCUCUUGAUGUGGUUUAUAUGUAAACAUGCCAAAGGCAUUUGAUAAAAUGCCCAUGGAAUGAAAAGGGUUGGAGCAAAAAUAAACAGGAGGUUGGCUGAGUAACUACAACAUAGAAUAGCAACGAAUUUCUCAAAGUUGUACUGUCAAAGUUGUCGGGUUCUCUCACCUGGAAGGGCUGCUAUGGGCCCAGCUUUGCCUGUCUUUUUGUUGGUUACAUUGAAGACGCUUUGUUCCAAAUGUACCCAACUCUUUCUCUGCUCCAUCAAUGACUACGUCAUGACUGCCUCCUGCACCUGUGCAGAACCCAUUGGUUUUAUCAACGUUACUGCUAACUUCCACCAUACCUCCAAAUGUACUUGUUCUCUCUCUGACACCUCUUCUCCUCUUCUCAAUCUCUCUGUCUCAGGGGACAGACUAUGUACUGAUGCCUACUACAAUCCCAAUGCCUCCCACAGUUGCCUUGACCGCACCUCCUCACACUCUGCCUCUUGCAAAGCCACCAUCCCUGUCCCUCAAUUUCUCUGUCUCCACCACAUACAACAUAGAACAGUACAGCACGGGAUCAGCCCCUUUGGCGCACAAUGUCUGCGGGGAACACAAUGCCAAAUCCCUUCUGUCUGCGCAUGAUCCAUAUCCCUCCAUUCCCUGCAUCUGUCGUGUCUGUUAAUGAUUACAUAACUUCGAUUUUUGUAUUUAGAUUGACUUUUCAACGUCUUUUUUUUUUUGCAGGACAAAAAUCUCAGCAAGGCCCUAUUUGAUGUUUUGGCACAUCCACAAAAUUACUUCAAAUACACAGCAAAAGAAUCCAGAGAAAUGUUCCCAUGGUCAUUCAUUCGACUUUUGCGUUCAAAAGUUUCUAGAUUUCUACGGCCAUACAAAUAGCUGGGGAUUUUUUACAUCCUUGAACUCUGCUAUUUCAUUAGAAGACUGUAAAAUGUUUCCUUUAAUCUGUUUACCUUCAGUUUGCAUGAACUCCUGGACAUAGGAAUGUAACCCUGUAAAACUGAAAAUAGUAUGAGCAAUUGCAAACAAAAGCAAUAUUAAUUUCCUUUCCCUAAUUUAUAGCAAACAAUAAAUUAUCCUGCUCACACACACAGCCUGACCUAUUUAUGAUGAACUAGUUUUGCUGCAGACUACUGCUAUAGAAACCCUCAACAUGUGAUCUGUAGCUAGCAAAGGUCUAGGGAGGCAAAAGAAAAAUUGUUUGGUGCUCAUUAGAACUGUAAAUUUGUUUUAACCACGCAGUUCCUAUUCAUUACAUUAAAAAAAAUGUCAAUUGGAAACAAUGAGAAACAUAGAUGGAGGGAAGCUUAUGUUAUGUGCUAGCUCCUGCAGGAAAUUAGGAUAUCAUCAAAAUGCUUUGACUGAUCCACUGCCAAAUUAGCUUGUUCUUUGUGAAAUUCAGUGGUCCUUACUCUCGUGAACUAUUAUUCAUUUUAACCACUGCUGUUAAAACAAGUAAAAUAUGAUGUGAUAUGUCUUAUCUAUGUUGUUCAGCCUUUUAUAAUUUAUCAACUUAUCUCGGCAUUUCCACAUUAAAUACACAUGUUAGAUCAAUCGAGCAGUGACCUCACAAUGGUCUCCAUAUAAUUAUACUGGUGGCAAUGAAAAAUGUUUGCACUUGUACUUUCAUUGUUUAUAUUUCAUAAUGUUUGUAGGGAAAGUUUCUUUUUUAACAGCCUCAUUCUAUGUAAAGUGUUCUUAUAGUUAUUUUCUGAGUUCAGUGAUUACUGUGUUGAACAUAUUUGUAAAUGUAUUAAAGGUUCUCUUCCACCAUUCUAGAUCCUCCUAGAGACACAUAGGAAAAUUAAUCAUGUCCACAUGUUGUACAUAUUGAUUCAUGUUCACCUCUCAGUGAGAGAACAUUGUUGCAAAUUAUCUUCAUAAUAUCCCCACCUGAAAACAGAUGAGUUCAUAGUCAUGACAAACCAUAAAAUGCUUUUAUUUACCACAAAUAGCUUAUCCUCAAACCACCUUAAGGUUGAUAAAAACAUUUGUGAUGUGUGUUUGUUAGGCACCUGAAGCAGAAGCAGAUUGCGGAAAGCUUGAUAAGGCUUAAUGUGUAGGAAGGGACUGCAGAUAAUGGUUUACACCAAACUGAAGAAGGGUCGCGACCCAAAACGUUACCCGUUCCUUUCUAGAGAUGCUGCCUUUUCCGCUGAGUUAACUCCGGCUUUUUGUGUCUAUCUUGCAAUAAGGCAUAAGUUGCUCUAGUUUAGUAACUCCUGCCCAAAAUCUAUAAUGUAGCAAAAGCUAAAUUCUAUACUUAUCACGUAAAAUAUCCAAAAAAACACAUGUAAACCAUCAACCUGAUUUGCCCUUGAGCCACAAUGAAAAAUGCAUAACUGAUGAGAUAAGGUUUGGUUAAAGAGAUGGAUUUUAAACAGAGUUUUAAAGAAAUUGAAUUGGAAAAUUGAGCUGAGUUUGGGGAAGUAGCUGACAGAGCUGACCCUGACCUCGCCCACAGGGCCAGUUUCCAUGUUGUAUCACUGAAGUAAACUAACAUUCAAAUUGCAUUGACAACCUGUUGGUUCUUGGAAAUACCUUGCACGGUGCAGAAGGGAAUCAUUAUGUGCAGGCUUGUGGUAUGUGAGUAGUUGUAAAGGAGCACCUUAAACUCUUUACACUUACAGCCCCUCCUCGAAUAAUAAUUUGAAAAUUGGCAUUGCUUGUUUCAUAUAGUAAAAUCUGUCAAAGCACGUUGCAAGUAUGCUGGUGGACAAAUAAGAGACAUUACACCAAAGUUUAGUGAAUGAGAGAUUUUAAGUAACUUCUCAAAGACUAAAGGGGACCAGGGGAAGGAUGAUAAGGAAAUAUUAGAACUUGUAUUCAUGGACAUCUCGACACUUCGCUACCAGGGAUGGAAUGACUUGGGUCCAAAUGCACCAGACCAUGAGCAACUCAGCUAAUGAAGGAAAUUAAAUUUAGAUCAGUGGACGGGAGAAUGUUUCACAGGUAACGGCACUCUAUCAAUCACUAAAUAUUACAGGUUUAAAAUUCAGAUCUAAGAGAAUGCAUCAUAUUACACAAUUCAAGAUUUCUAUAUUUUCAAUGACUUAAUUUGAAGUUUAUGCUCAAUGUAGACCAUCUAAUCUGCUCUAGUUUGAAACAGAUGGUGUUGCCUAAUUAUGCAUUUAAACAGUUACUGUAAAUUAUGUACAAAGUUGCCAAAUGUUUGUCCUACAGUGUUUAACAUUGACUGUCACUGAAAACACUUUUUUGUCCAUUUAAAUGGUUGAAUUGGUGUUUAUUGUAGACCAUGUUUAAGUGUUUGAAAAUUUGAAGGUCUCUUUACUGUACUUGUUUCAGUUUAUGGAAACCAUCAUGGCAUAUGGCACAUGUUGUCACUGGCACCAUCUGAAUUUAAUCCCCCACAUCACUGAAGCUCACCUAAACAUGUUAUCCCAUUUGAUUCAGUCACAGAAUCUAAAUUUAACCGUUGCAUUAACCAGCAUUUUUCUUACAUCAUGUUUUAGUAUCUACUUCCAAGUUCCUGGAGGAUAGAUUGUUAUUUAAAACUUACUAAUUGACUAUUAAACAAAAUAACUUAUCAAGAGACUCGCUUCUUUUACUCAUGUAUACCUACUACAACCAGGUUAACUAUAGAAUCCUCUACAGAGAAUCAGACUUUCUGAUAUCUUCUCUCCAAACAUUAUUGCCAUAUGUACAUAAGAAGCAGUUGCUUACAUGAUACAGUUCUUAAAUCGAACUUUACACAGUAAAAAUGCAUAUUUUAAAAUCCAGUUUUGCCAAUUAAAACCACAUUUCUUUAAUUAUAAUCAGUUUAGAGACACAACAUUGAAAUAGGUCCUUCAGCCCAUCUAAUCCACACAGACCAUUGAUCCCUUGCGACGACUAGUUCUGUGUUAUUCCAUUUCCGUAUCCACUCCCUACAUAUUAUGGGCAAAUUAAAGAGGCCAAUUAAAAUACAAAACCACGCAUUUGUGUGAUGUGGAAGGAAACAGAAUCAUCCCGAGGAAACCCGCACGAUCACGGAGAGAAUAUACAAAUUCCACACAGACAGCACCCAAGGUCAGGAUCGAACUCUGGACUCUGGCGCUGUGAGGCAGCAGCUCUACCAGCUGUGUCUCUGUGCUGCCCACUUCACCAACAUUGUCUUCAGCAUUUCAGUAAUGAAAAGAUUUGAACUGUGCAACAUCUUUGCACUUUAAACCACUUCUGUGUGGUAUGCAAAUUAAAUUAUAAAGUUAUCAAACCAUCAUUUAUGCACACAAAACAGUACGUACAUGUGUUUGUUUGAAAAUACACAACGACAGGAAAAGUUUCUCCUUUGGACGCAACAAUUCCAGGCACUUUUGUAUAUAAUCAGCAUGAAGAUAAAUAGCCAGAAAAUAUCAGAAUUACUGAAAUAAUGUUGUUAUACAGCAAGGAUCAGUCUGAAGAAGGGUCUCGACCCGAAACACCACCAAUUCCUUCUCUCCAGAGAUGCUGCCUGUCCCACCAAGUUACUCCAGCAGUUUGUGUCUACCUUAUACAGCAAGAAAACAGGCCCUUCGGCCCACACUGUUCAUGCCGACCAACGUGCCCCAACUAAGCUAGUCCCAUUUGCCCGCGUUUGGCCAGCAUCCAUGUAAAGCUUUCGUAUCCAUAUACACCCUUGUACAGAUUCAUUGAAUCAAUCAUACACUUAUAGAUUAGAUUAUAGAUUAGAUCCUUUAGUUGUCAUUCAGACCUUUCGGUCUGAACAAAAUGUCGUUGCCUGCAGCCAUACAUAUAAUAAUAAACAACAAAACACACAAUAAACACAAAUUAGCAUCCACCACAGUGAGUUCACCAGGCACCUCCUCAUUGUGAUGGAGGCAAAAGUCUUAAAGUUAUUGUCUCUGUAACAUGUCAAUAUGCAUGUUGUUUUUGUUUGUGAUCAUUGCACACUUAAAUCUUUCAUACAUCAUAUAUCUAAGGUUCUUCAUCAAGUUUUUGCUAUGAUUUGGCAUAAGCACUCUUAUGAAAUUGGGAAGAGCAGGUGUUUCAGGUUGGGACCCUUUUGCAGACUUCUUUGGAUGGACAUGGGUCAGGCGUAAACAAGUGUGACUACCUUGGUUAUGCAAAGUGGUCGGCUUGGACGAGUUAGGCCAAGGAUCUAUUUCCAUUCAUGUGCAGAUGAUUCUGCAGAAGCGAGCUCUGUAUCUAUCAGGGGCUGGAACCUGGGCGUCAAUCACUGAAGGCUGAGAGGCGUCCCUUUAAAAGCAAGCUGCCUCCGAGGCGCUUCCCAUUUCGAUUGAGAGAUUCAGCUUCUCCGUUUUGGCUCUGGGAUAAUUCCUUGAGUUUCCCCUUUAACCGCCCAGUUUUGUUUCUCUGAUUGUCGGCAAUUAUUUUGCCUCCAGAGUAUGUUUUACUCUGACAUUCUGAGAGAAAGCCGACAGCAGCAGACAGACAUUCGUGAGGCUGCUUCUCUGCGCCUGCAGAGGCGAAUGAAACAAGCUGUCCAGUUCAUCCAUAAAGACUCGGCAGAUUUAUUGCCCUUGGACGGGCUAAAAAAACUGGGCACCUCCAAAGAAACCCAACCACAUAAUAUUCUGCAAAGACGUUUACUAGAAAGCAACUUGUCAAAAUUUCAAGCCAACAACCGAGGGACCGGACCUUCUAACAAUUCGUUUCCGGUGCAGAACAAGAGCUUUCAUCAGAUUAAACAAGAAUUUCACAGAAGAACACGUGGUGAUGAUGACCUGAUAUUUGUGUGUUGCAAGUGUGCUGGAUUAGAGACGACGUUACAGAUUGACACUGGCUCUGGAUAUAAUCUCAUUUCAACUGCCUGUGUGGAUAAUCUGGGGCUGAUGGAACUUGUGAAAACAGAAAAGGGUGAAACUGAAACAAUGGGUAUGCCCUUUAGUUUAAAGGUCAUUGGCCAAAUGGACAAUAUUGCAAUCUCUAUAGGGCAACUCGAUAUUAAGUGUUCAGCAAUUGUGGUGGAUGAUGAUAAGAAAAUUCUCUCUCUUGGAUUGCAGACCUUGAGAUCUUUGAAGUGCAUAAUCGACAUGGAAAAACAAUAUUUAAUUCUUGGAGAGAAAGAGAAAGAGGAGAUUCAAUUUCUGAAUAUUGACGGCAGAUUGAAUAUUGAUGGCUCUUCUUGAAAUACAGAAGUUGAAAUCUGUGACAGAAGUAAACAUUUAAUUUGCAGAAGUGUUCUUCGAUGGCUCAUGCAUUUGUAUGACAAAACAACCAAUCUCCAGCUUGUCUGACACCUUCCUACUUCUGGUUUUGUCUUUAAUACAAGUUUUCAGAAUUAACAUGGAAUUUUCUAGCAAUUAGACAAUCGUAUAUCCUCUUCAGUCUUUUAUUUCAGAAUAUACAAUACAAAAUAAAAUUAUAGAAAUUAUUUCCUGUACAUUGUUUAAAAAUAUUGACUGAGUAUUAAUUUUGAAACAAAAUAAGUUUAUUCUAUUUGUGAGUUGACUGUUUGACGUGCACAGUGGUGAAAUAGAGUUUAACCUGUCAGCCUCAUAAUAUUUGAUGAUGUGUUUCUGCAGUAUAAUCUCUUGUAAUCUACAAGACCUGUAUUUGUAUUUGUGGCACUUUCUACUACUUUCUACGGUAAAACAAAUAAUUUUAUCAACAUACAUUUUAAGAUACUUUUUGAGCAUAAAGAUUUAAUAGGAUGUUCAAGUUAUUAUAGAUGUAGAAACUAAUGUGGAAUUCAACAACCUGAGACUCUGCCUUCAAAAUGGGUUAUUUUUUAUUUGAGGGAACUGCACAAAACUGGUUGUCUCUAAUUGGCAUCCAAUGUUUGCGCCUAACAUAUGCCCAGUCAAUCCGAUCUCAUCUGCAUAUACAUGAUUCACAUCCUUCUAUUCCCUGCACUUCCAUGUACCGAUCCAAAAGCCUCUUAAAUGCCACAAUCAAAUCUAGUGUUUGUGAAAAAGGUUCUGACUGUCCACCCUAUCAAUGCCUCUCAUAGUUAUAUACUUCUAUCAUUUCUCCCCAUCAUCCUCUGGCAUUCCAGAGAAAACUGCAUCAUGACUUCCUGACUCUUAUAUGCAAUGCCCGACCAAUGAAGGCAAACAUACCACAUGCCUUCUUUACCACCAUCUACUUGUGUUGCCACUUUUGUGGACCCCAAGAUCCCUCUAUACAUCAAUGCUUUUAAGGGUCUUGCCAUUAAGUGUAUAUUUUCUCUUUACAUUCAAUUUCCCAGAUCAACGCCUCACACUUGCUUGAAUUAAAUUCCAUCUCCCAUUUCUCUGUCCAUUUCUGUAGCUGAUCUAUAUCCUUUUGGAUGGUAGAGAGGUAGUGUCAUAUUAGCCCUGGGUAGGUAACUAACUGGGCUAUCUAGGGAGGAGAAUGGUAUUUAAACAUCCUUAAACUUUUGAACAGUUUAGGAAAAGUUAAACAAUGUGGUUCAACAAGCCAUUUAAAAUCUCACAUCAAGAUCUCUCGUCAUUCUUUGCAUUAAAAUUCUUCAUCCUUCUCAAAUCAGUGUAAAAUCUAGCAAUAAUCUGAAAUUUGUAGGCUAUGUAGUCCAAGUUCAUGGUUUCACCUUAAACUCCUUCUCCUUUCUGUCUAAUGAGACUACAUGGAUAAUGUUUAAUUUGUUAUUGACAUUUGGCGUAAUAAGAAUAAACUGUUUAAAACAUUCAGUCCUUUGACGUAUGUGUAAUAAUUGCUACCCUGUAUGUGGCCUGCAUUCAAGAAAACACUCUCAUCAGCUUGGCUGCUCAUACCCAGAUGGUGACAUCUAGAAAAAAAACUGUUCUAUUCCUUAGUAUCAUAGCUGCCCCCAUCUGGCACCCUACCACACCAACACCAUGGUAGCCAAGCAUAUGUGCUUUGAACCUGCCCACCAUAAUCCACAUAUGUAUCUUGUCGUCUUGAUUAAAUCAGCUGUUUCUUGAGUCAUAAUAUUAUCUUCCUUCUUAGCCAGCUGCCUUUUUUUUUCUUGUCUGCAUUUGCCUUUAUUCGAUCAAUUUUUCUCCCCGGUUUAUUUUUACAAGCUCAAAUUGUUAAUGACGUACGUUCACUCUGUGGUUUCUGACAGCUGGUUUGCAAACCGGUCACAUCAACAUGAAGAUAGUAGUACAGAAUACCAUCAGUCCACAAAAGAGGAGAUCCCACCAUUGCCUUCAGCAGGCGUGGAGACUUUGCAGUGCGCUGAGUAUAGAUACCCAGUUACCCAGAGGAAAGACAACUGAAAGACCAGCGGGUGUAAGAGAAUGAUGAAGGGGGAGGGCCAGCUACUCAGAGGGCCAACAGACCAUUGUUUCAACCUCAAGACUAGGAGCUGACCUGGUUUGACACAUUCUUCGCCACGGGCGUCUGGGCUCUUUAGCCUUCAUUGCUCAGAGUUAGCUCUCCCUGCAGCCAGAGUAUGACACUGCCAACAGUAGGAUGUUGACACAAGGAACCGCCGAUGUUGGCUUACAAAAUAAGUCACAAAUUGUGGGAGUAACUCAGUGGGUCAGGUAGCAUGUCUAGAUAACAUGGAUAGGUGACUUUCUGGGUUGGGACAUUUCCAACAGUGAGUGUGGAAAUGGGGAGAAAUGUGCCUCUGCUCCAGAGUUGGAGAGACAAGUUCACAUAUUAGCAGCAGAGCGAUCUGCUCACACAUGAGCAAUUAUCUUGCAUGCAGUGUCUACAUUCAGACAACAUCCAGCAAAUCCCCAAGCACAUGGAGAUCUGUACUAUAUAAUAAUAAUAAUAAUACAUUUUAUUUGAAUAGCGCUUUUCAAGGACUCAAAGUCGCUUUACAUAGAAACAUAGAAAUUAGGUGCAGGAGUAGGCCAUUCGGCCCUUUGAGCCUGCACCGCCAUUCAAUAUGAUCAUGGCUGAUCAUCCAACUCAGUAUCCCGUACCUGCCUUCUCUCCAUACCCCCUGAUCUCCUUAGCCACAAGGGCCACAUCUAACUCCCUCUUAAAUAUAGCCAAUGAACUGGCCUCAACUACCCUCUGUGGCAGAGAGUUCCAGAGAUUCACCACUCUCUGUGUGAAAAAAAGUUCUUCUCAUCUCGGUUUUAAAGGAUUUCCCCCUUAUCCUUAAGCUGUGACCCCUUGUCCUGGACUUCCCCAACAUCGGGAACAAUCUUCCUGCAUCUAGCCUGUCCACCCCCUUAAGAAUUUUGUAAGUUUCUAUAAGAUCCCCUCGCAAUCUCCUAAAUUCUAGAGAGUAUAAACCAAGUCUAUCCAGUCUUUCUUCAUAAGACAGUCCUGACAUCCCAGGAAUCAGUCUGGUGAACCGUCUCUGCACUCCCUCUAUGGCAAUAAUGUCCUUCCUCAGAUUUGGAGACCAAAACUGUACGCAAUACUCCAGGUGUGGUCUCACCAAGACCCUGUACAACUGCAGUAGAACCUCCCUGCUCCUAUACUCAAAUCCUUUUGCAAUGAAAGCUAACAUACCAUUCGCUUUCUUUACUGCCUGCUGCACCUGCAUGCCUACCUUCAAUGACUGGUGUACCAUGACACCCAGGUCUCGCUGCAUCUCCCCCUUUCCCAAUCGGCCACCAUGGUGAGUCAAGAACAAAACAAAAUAGAGCAGUAAGAC